AUGCCCUCGUCCACAGAAGAGGCGCCCCUGCAACAGGCCCUGGACCCUGUAUCCUCGGUCCAAGUCAAUACCGAAGCUUCCGCCACCAUCAAGGAAGCUGCCCAGGCAGAGGAGGACGAGUUACCGGCUUCAGCCGAGUUCCACCAUAUCAAGCUUAUAUCUGUGGCGUUGAAAGAGGCUGCUUUGGACUCGCCAUCGUUCAGAGCCUCGGUUAACCAUCUCCAUACGCAGCUUAUGACUACAGAGAAGUGGAUCUUGGCGCUUAGAUCGUCCCUUACGAAGAUUCCCAAACAAGUGAAGGAGUUGCAGAGUUAUGUGAAUUCGUUUUUGGAGUACUUGAUGCCCCAGUCUUUGCUGGACGGCUUGGUGGACCAGGAAUACACGCAACAAGCCAUGAAUACGAUCUUUGAGGGCCUCAAGAUGGUCUGGGAUAUCAGUUUGGGGCUUCUUAAUUAUUCAAUUCCUCGGCUAGAGUCGACCAAGGAUACGAUCAUGGAGCGUAUAGCGUUGUACCAGACCUAUAAGGUGCGUUUUGAUGAAGCCCAGGCUAACUACGAUAAGUUCUUGCGGAUCCAUAUGUCUACGCCAAAACUGAAGGAUCCAGCUUUGGUCAUGGAGGAUCUGUUGCAGCUUUUUGCUGUGCGGAAAGAGUACAUGUCUGCUAGUCUUGAUCUUAUCAUUGAACUUAACGAGGUUAUCGAGUAUGUGAACCAUAAAAUCGUCAGGUUCGUUUAUCUAAUGUGGCACCAGAAAGUGGAGCGUUUUGGUACCCAUCCCAUUGUCCAGCAGCUCUUGACAGACGUGUGGACUCAUCUUAAACGCAUUUCGUCGUGGUUUGAUAAUUAUAGAGGCUCUGUGGCCAGGCUCCGUAAAGAUAUGAAGGCUGCCAAAAAACAGAUCCACGAAUCCACCAGCGCCAGUUUUGUGCCUUCCGGUGAUCUUAAUGAUUAUAGAACGUCGCUCAUUAAUAGCAAAAUGUUGGCAAGCUUCCCUGAGACUGCUGUGGAAAAGCACGGCCAUUUGUUCAUGAAAACAUAUAUUGAAAAGUCCACAAAGCCUGUUUGGGUUCAGAGAUGGGCAUUCUUGCAAGGCGGAGUGUUUGGGCUUCUUGUGCUAAGUCCAUCUGGCACGGCGGUUCAAGAAACAGACAAAAUCGGUGCUCUUCUUUGCAACACCAAAUACACAGCUAAUGAAGACAGAAGGUUCUGUUUUGAGCUCAAAACCAUCGACACGACUAUCGUCUUCCAAGCAGAAACCGUCCAGGAACUCUACCUGUGGCUCAAAGUGUUUGAAAAUGUCAGAACUAGAAUCACCACUACUGGCGACCCCAUGACGAAUUUAUUCGGCAUCGCCAGCAACAGAUACCCACCACUCAUAUCGGAAUUUGCCAAUUCCAACAACACAAGCACCGACAAACUGUUGACGAACUCAAAGGUCAUCAACAAAGAAGGCCAGAUAAUCACCUCCUCCAGGCUUUCAGCGCAUUUGAUGAAAAACCAAAAGUUGUUCCAAAACUUCGUCUACAACCAAGUGACAAGAAUCCGGUUACCUUUCUUCACAGAAUACAGCCGGUCCACGCUUAUAGCAUACAGUUUGGCAGGCUCCACCGCUGUACCUACAGCCCUCAGUGCCAAUAUCUGGGGGUCGCUUAAUUGGGGCUGUUAUUAUUUGCAUGAAGAUUUCCACGCCAGUGCCCACGAGGAAGUUGCUCCUGUUCCCGAAGAGCCAUUUACGAAACAGAUUGGCCAUGGUAUUAUGGUGCCAGCUAAUUACCCAGAUACACUUUUAGGCAGUGAGAUCCAGAUGAGGGCUCUUUUUGAGUCUGAAGUGGACAACACAGAAUGCUGUUUGCUUUCGUUCCACUGCCUCUGGUCGCCAAACUCCAACCAGGAGCUCCGUGGUACAGCGUUCAUCACCCAGAAAAACUUAUACUUUUACUUGCAUGCACUGGGGUUUGUUGCUUUGAGCAAAACGCCCAUUGACCAGAUCGUGGAGGCCAACUGCGUGCCCAAGAAGAACUACGACUACAUGAAGAUUCAUAAAGUGAGUGGUCUGAUCAAGACCAAGAUCUUUUUGGGCGAGGGACUCCUAAUUGCACAGAAAAUCAACGGCAUCAUCCAAAACAUCACCAGCAACAAUCCAUUAGAUGUCAGCGGCAUGAUCAGCAAACUCAAGGAUAUCGAGAGAGAGUACGCUCUGAAGAAGGAAGAGCUUCGAAGACUUGCAGACCACACAGCGUCACCAAACGAAGCCAGCUCGUUUGAGGUGGACCGUCGUCCUCACGACUCUGAACCGAGGUUUAGGGUUGAUUUCAGCGACGACAUGCACUUUCUCAGUUCCCACAAGAUCAAACUCCCGCCCAAGGCUAUAUUCCAUGCUCUUUUCGGCCACAAAUCACAUCUUAUGGAUGCAUCUUAUCCUAUUGUGUCAGUUAAGUACAUCACUCAUGGACAGUGGAUGAAGAUGCCAGGAAACGACCGUGGUUUAUUCCGUGAUUUCCUCUCUGCCAUCGUUUAUCACGACGGUAAAACAGAUACCAUCACCGUCAGACAGGAAAUCGAAGACAUGAGCGAAAACGAGUACUACUGCUGCAAAACACUGAGAUCGUCAUUCAAGUUUGGCAUGGUGACGUUUGAAAUCAACACAAGAAUGGUGAUUAUCGCUACCGAGGGCGGAAACUCCAAGAUCAUGAAUUAUGCUUCCUUGAUCUUCGACAGGAAAACCAUCUUCAAUCCGCUUCUCAGAAGCUUAUCGAAAACCUUCCAGACUGCGUUUGCCAACGGUGUUCAUCGUCGUUUGGAUAAGACAGCCAAGGUGAUUGGCACCCACGGUCAGAUUGCAAAGGCCAUUUACAUGUAUGGUAAAGUGCCCAUCACCGACGUGCCAUAUGUGAUUCCAGCGCUGCCUCCAACGCAGUUGAAUGUUGAUACAGUGUUCCGUUUGACAUUGAGGGGCACACUUGGAUCUAUCAUAAGAAAGAUCACUUCUUUUGUAUAUUUGGUGGUCCACGGUAUACAAAUGUUCCUCAACAGCUUAUCAAUGAAUAGAGUGUUGGUCUUCACAAUCAUUUGUUUGAGUUUCAUGAACGUGUUUCUCAUGGGCAGGUCAACUGUCACCUACUGGCAAGCAAAGAAUGCCAGAGGUGUAAUGCUAGACAUUAUCCAGGGAGAACCAAUGAUCAUGGAGCGCGCCAUUUACUUGAACGAAGUGAAGGACCUCAUUAAGAACCAGCACGUCACCAAGGAUAAUUCAACGUGUUUCCGGAUUUUCCUGGACCAGUCGUUUAUCCAGAAUUACGACCAAGCGCUGGCGUGGAAGUUAAAGUAUGAGGAUGACAUUGCCCGAUCCGUGGCCACCAACCUCCGGCGAACUUUACGAGAAAUCGGCAUCCGCCGAAACGAAUUGAUUGUGAGUUUGCAGAUGCUUAACCAGCUUGAGGAGGAAGUGGCCAAGGGCGAAUGGCGCAACUGGCUUCUGGACGAACUUGAAAAAUGCAGUCUUCUAAUGAACCCGACCAGCGAGGGAGAAACACUGAAUGAAAUCAAGGCCAGUUAUACCGAAGGUGUUGACAAUUUGCUUGCUUUUUGUGAGUGUUGUUCACAAGAAAUGGCCCAUCUUAGAGCCUUCGAAGGUCAAGACCAAUCGGCAGCGAAUAUAUAG